AUGGAGAACGCACACACGAAGGAGCCGGCAGAAUGCCUGUCCUACUUCAGUGUGAGCGAGAGCACAGGUCUCACACCAGACCAGGUCAAGAACAACCUGGAAAAAUACGGCUACAAUGAGCUGCCUGCUGAAGAGGGUAAGACCAUUUGGGAGCUGGUCGUUGAGCAGUUUGAGGACCUGCUGGUCAGAAUCUUGUUGCUGGCUGCCUGCAUUUCUUUUGUUCUUGCCUGGUUUGAGGAAGGUGAGGAGACCGUCACUGCCUUUGUCGAGCCCUUCGUCAUCCUACUCAUCCUCGUUGCCAAUGCUGUGGUCGGAGUAUGGCAGGAGCGUAAUGCAGAGAGCGCCAUUGAAGCUUUGAAGGAGUAUGAGCCCGAGAUGGGAAAAGUUUAUCGUGCGGACAGAAAGAGCGUACAGAGGAUCAAGGCCAGAGAGAUUGUUCCCGGAGAUGUCGUGGAAGUGUCAGUUGGUGACAAAGUUCCUGCUGAUAUCAGAAUCACUGCCAUCCGCUCCACAACUCUGCGUGUUGACCAGUCUAUCCUCACUGGUGAGUCCGUCAGUGUGAUCAAACACACCGAUGCAGUCCCUGACCCCAGAGCUGUCAAUCAGGACAAGAAGAACAUGCUUUUCUCUGGCACCAACAUUGCCGCGGGCAAAGCCAUCGGCGUCGCCGUGGCUACGGGCGUCUCCACGGAGAUCGGCAAGAUCCGCGACCAGAUGGCCGCCACCGAGCAGGAGAAGACGCCCCUGCAGCAGAAGCUGGACGAGUUUGGCGAGCAGCUGUCCAAGGUCAUCUCCCUCAUCUGCGUCGCCGUGUGGUUGAUCAACAUCGGCCACUUCAACGACCCCGUCCACGGAGGUUCCUGGAUCCGCGGCGCCGUCUACUACUUCAAGAUCGCCGUCGCCCUGGCUGUGGCCGCCAUCCCCGAGGGUCUGCCUGCUGUGAUCACCACUUGCCUGGCACUGGGAACCCGCCGUAUGGCCAAGAAGAACGCAAUCGUCCGUUCUCUGCCCUCUGUGGAGACAUUGGGCUGCACCUCUGUCAUCUGCUCUGACAAGACUGGUACCCUCACCACCAACCAGAUGUGUGUGACCAAGAUGUUCAUCAUUGAUAAAGUGGAAGGUGACAGUGUGACCCUGGAUCAGUUUGACAUUUCCGGUUCCAAAUACACCCCUGAGGGAGAAGUUACAAGAGGUGGAGCCCCUGUGAAGUGUGGCCAGUAUGACGGUCUGGUUGAGUUGGCCACCAUCUGUGCCCUGUGCAAUGACUCCUCUCUGGACUACAAUGAAUCUAAGGGCAUUUAUGAGAAGGUGGGAGAGGCAACUGAGACUGCCUUGUCCUGUCUGGUUGAGAAGAUGAACGUGUUCAACACUGAAGUUCGCGGCUUGUCCAAGGUGGAGAGGGCCAACGCCUGCUGCUCUGUGAUCAAACAGCUGAUGAAGAAAGAAUUCACUCUGGAGUUCUCCCGCGACAGGAAGUCAAUGUCCGUCUACUGCUCUCCCGCCAAGGCUUCCAAGGCCCCCGUUGGUAACAAGAUGUUCGUCAAGGGCGCCCCUGAGGGUGUGAUCGACAGAUGCGCGUAUGUGCGUGUGGGCACCACCCGUGUGCCCCUGACCGGCCCCGUUAAGGAGAAGAUCAUGGCUGUCAUCAAGGAGUGGGGAACUGGCCGUGACACCCUCCGCUGUCUGGCCCUGGCCACCAGAGACGUCCCCCUGAAGCAGGAGGAGAUGAACCUCGAGGACUCUACCAAAUUUGCCGACUACGAGACUGACCUGACCUUUGUGGGCUGCGUGGGCAUGCUGGAUCCCCCCCGCAAAGAGGUCAUGGGCUCCAUCGCACUGUGUAAGGCUGCUGGCAUUCGUGUCAUCAUGAUCACCGGCGACAACAAGGGUACAGCUGUGGCUAUCUGCCGCCGCAUUGGCAUCUUCAGUGAGGAUGAGGAUGUGACCGGCCGUGCUUACACCGGCCGUGAGUUUGACGACCUGCCAUUGACCGAGCAGAGGGAGGCGGUCCGUAGGGCCUGCUGCUACGCCCGUGUGGAGCCUUCACACAAGAGCAAGAUCGUAGAGUUCCUGCAGGGCUUUGACGAGAUCACUGCCAUGACUGGUGAUGGUGUGAACGACGCUCCUGCCCUGAAGAAGGCCGAGAUUGGCAUCGCCAUGGGCUCUGGCACUGCUGUUGCCAAGUCAGCCUCUGAGAUGGUCCUGGCCGACGACAACUUCUCCUCCAUUGUGGCCGCCGUUGAGGAAGGCAGAGCCAUCUACAAUAACAUGAAACAGUUCAUCCGCUACCUCAUCUCCUCCAACGUCGGAGAGGUCGUGUGUAUCUUCCUGACUGCUGCUCUUGGCCUGCCUGAGGCUCUGAUCCCGGUCCAGUUGCUGUGGGUGAACCUGGUGACUGACGGUCUCCCUGCCACUGCUUUGGGCUUCAACCCUCCUGACCUGGACAUCAUGGGCAAGGCUCCUCGCUCCCCCAAAGAACCCCUCAUCUCCGGAUGGCUCUUCUUCAGAUACCUGGCCAUUGGCGGUUAUGUUGGUGCCGCCACUGUUGCUGCUGCAGCUUGGUGGUUCCUGUACUCUGAUGACGGUCCCCAGGUGUCCUACUACCAGUUGUCCCACUUCAUGCAGUGCCAUGCUGAAAACGAGGAGUUUGCUGGUAUCGAAUGCGAAGUGUUUGAGGCUGCUCCUCCCAUGACCAUGGCCUUGUCCGUGCUGGUCACCAUUGAGAUGUGCAACGCCCUUAACAGCUUGUCUGAGAACCAGUCUCUCCUGCGUAUGCCUCCCUGGAGUAACGGCUGGUUGGUUGGAGCCAUGACUCUCUCCAUGUCUCUCCACUUCAUGAUCAUUUACGUCGACCCCCUGCCCAUGAUCUUUAAGCUGACCCAUCUGACCUUGGAUCAGUGGGUUGUGGUGAUGAAGCUCUCCCUCCCAGUCAUUCUCAUCGACGAGCUGCUGAAGUUCGUUGCCCGCAACUACCUGGAACAUAAAGAGGAGAAUCUUGUGGCCAAGAAAUGGGACUGA